AUGGGGGUCGAUGCUAAUUACAAAUUUCCUGAACCUUCCAGGCAAUUAAACGUGCUUCUGGAGGAGGAAGCUAUAAGAGUUUAUCGUGAUCGUCAGCAGCGUAUCGAGGACAAGGAUGGCGACAGCUUGAAUUGUUUACCUGAAAAAGUCGACGCGGAUGAUGGGAACGAGGAUCUUAUGGCCAACGAUCGAUCGUCUCUUUCUGCCCUCGACACCAAACAAGCCAUUCCGUCGAUCCAAGAAAUCAGCAGCCAACUCCACUUGAUGAAUAAUCCAGCGGGAACCAAUAAUGGGGUCAACAAGCCCUCGGAUCUCGCGGUUUUGCGGAGCUUAGUGGAGUACUGGAGUGUCACCGAGGAAGCGAGAAUCCGCGAGUCCUACAACGAAGCCGAGUCGAGGAUCGCGGCACGUGCGAGGAAGCUGGAGCAGGAGGUCGAGGCUUUGCGGGCGAUAGAGAGCUCGAGGAGCAGCAUCGCUAGGAGAAGAGCUGAGCGUGCAAGGGCCAACUUUCUCCACGUGCUCGCGAGGCCUGUUCUGCUCAGAGGUGAUUAUUGAUUACAUUGGACCUUAGACAACAAACAGCCAGUAAGCAUCGACACAUUGAGCGUCCAGCGAGCCCGCGAAUUCAAAGACGUGUACGAUGCCCUGCGGACUCUGGACGACUACGACGACAACGACGAGCAACAGUGCGACCUAAGCAACCGCGUUGAGCUCCUGUACUUGGUCAAAAGAAUCGCGUCCCAGCAUACAUGUGCAGCAUCGACGAGCCUCGAGAACUUGAUAGACCAGGAACUGUAUCUGCUGGAGCAGGCUUCCUCACCGUCCUCGAGACUCGAGCCGUGGCGUCUAUUGAGACACCUGAGGAGCCGCGUGAGGCUCGCCUUUCUCAACCUAGCUAGGAACGCCUUAGCUCACCACGACAAUCGAGCCAAGGAAUCAACGCGGACGCGACUGUGCCCAUCAUGCGGGUGUCUCAGGGGACUCGAGGCUUUUGAGACCGAUCACCGCGAGCGGGUCUCAAGAACGUGUGUCGACUGCACGGCUCUCAGGACAGGGCGCCGACCUGGCCACUACCCAGAAAUCUACGAGAGGAUGCUCAGAGAGCUGCGAAGGCACGAAGCUGUUAGACGAGACGGUGCCAGCAGCCUUGCGUUCGUCGUGGGUCCAAAGGCAGUUGGUUACCUGGUGAAUGACAUAUGGCACGGGCGCUCGGUCUUUUCGGGGUGCGACGAGCUCGAGCGACUGCGGCUCGCGAGGCUUGACCCUCGCAAGCCCUGGACGCCGUGGAAUAAUCUGUUGGCAACGAGACGCGAGACUCGGAUGCACGAGGUGCUCGCGAGCGAUUCCUCGGGCCCACCGGAUGCCUACGACGGGGAGCUGGUUCGCAAACUCAGGAGGAUGAAUGCACUGGCGAGACUUUACUUCGAGUCAAUGGUCAGGUACCACUCGGACCCAGGGAUGUCUCUGUAA